GACAUAUAGAAACCGCGCAACACUAUAUAAAAGUCAACACUUGUGAACUAGAAUUGGCCUUUCUGGUCGUUUCUGCGUGGGGAGGACGAGGGGCGGAGCCGUCGCACCUGUCGCAGCACACCUGGAUUCAGGAAGUGCUGUGACGUCAGAGGGAGGUGAGUGUUGAGUGUGUGUGAGUGUGAUGGAAUGGCAAAAAUCCUGCUCGACCUGAUUGGCGAUCAGAUCGUAUAUAUAUGUUCAGGCGGACGGAGGCACACGACAACACACACAGACACACACACACACUCUGGACCUGAGCAGGUGUGUCACAUUUGACUCUCGAGGGAUACUUUUUUAAGGAACAGAAAGAGAGAAGGAAAAAAGAAAAAAGAAAAUGUCGAUCCACUCGUGUAUUCUACCUGACGAGAAGGUGUUCGCCGACUUCAGGCAGCAGUGCCUGUCAUCGGACAACUGGGUGAACAAGUACGACAACAGCGGGAUGCAGGUGUGGGUCGAGAUCCCUGCCAAGAAAGGAAAGCCGGGUCCCAGAGUGCACAAGAUCAAGUGUACAAUGCCAAUCACAGACGUGUCGGCCGCCACCAUGUACGACGUCCUUCACGACAGCAAGUACCGCAAGGAGUGGGACCCCGCCAUGUUGGAGAGCUUUGACAUUGCCCGGCUCUCCGCUAACGCUGAUGUGGGCUACUACUCAUGGCACUGUCCAAAGCCGAUGACGAGCAGAGACGUGGUGAGUCUGCGGUCGUGGCAGGUGAAGGAUGACGAGUAUGUGAUCGUCAACUUCUCAGUCAAACACCCGAAAUACCCUCCCGGCAAAAAACUCGUGAGAGCCGUGUCCAUCCUCACCGGGUAUUUGAUCCAGGCCACAGGACCAAACAGCUGCAAGUUCACGUACCUCUCACAAGCCGACCCCAAAGGCUCUCUUCCGAAGGUUGUGGUGAACGCAGCCACUAAGAUGCUCGCUCCCAAGGUGAUGAGGAGUGUUCACAAGGCGGGACAGAACUACUCGGAGUGGAAGGCGCAGAACGCCCCCAACCACAAACCCUGGUUGUACCCAGAGCAGAACACCCUGCCCAUGAUGGACCCUGCCGAACUGGCGAUACAGAGGGCGGACUCUCUCGAAAACGUGGACGUGACUUCUAAAGAUGACGAUGCUCAGGAGAGCGAAGACAGCACUUAAAUCACAAACCGAAGUGAAGACCUGAGACCUCGGACUCUGUCAUUUGUAUCCAGUUUUUUUUAACCACAUCCAGUGCCUUUCGGGAUGAGCAAGAGCAUGAAGUGUUUACAGCCGUCGCACGAGACGGAAACGAGCACAGAUCAAGUUGCCAUUCACCUCAGUCCAGGCUGAACUAAGCUGAACAUCUUGCCAGUGUUUGUUUUAUUUUUAAUAAUGUUGGGGUUUGAAUGUGUCAUAGUUGCAGCACUACUUUUGCAAAGGGUCAUCUGUCCGGCCUUAUUUUGUUGUUUUUAAGGUGCAGCUAUGUAAAAUGCACAUUUUUAAAUCAUGAAGUGUAGUCACGUAGAUUCUCUUUGCCUUUUUUACAAGUGACUGAAUGAAAAUCUGGUGACGGUAGUAGUGAAGGAGUGACUGUGUUCACUUUUGAUUGAUUUAAAAACAAAAAAAAAAGAUUAGCCUCUUAAUACAGACAAGACAGUGUUUUAACGAAACCUUCUUCUGUAUCCGGUCAAACGUACAACCCUGAACUGGCCAGAUUUAAAACAGUCACUUUUUUUUUUUUUUUUUUUUUAAAUGUACUAUAUUCACUGUUUUAAAACAUGUUUCAUGUUACAGUGAAAGGUUCUGGGUUUGUGCAGCAGCUCUCAGUGUCGACCUUGAAUCUGUUCUUCAGAAAUACAAUUUAUUUUUUAUUUUAGCUUGAUGCAAAACAAACAAACAAAAAAAACACUAUCACCAUGUGUGCUACUGACUGUUUCAUAUGUAAAUUGUUUUUUUUUUUAUAAACAUGUAGUUGUAAUUAGUGGGCAACUACAUGUUUAAUGUGGCAUGUGAAGGCUGAGUCAUUGUAUUUAUUCAGAGGUACAACUAUGCGAUCCAAUCCUUGUUGUAAGUUAUUCAGACCGUAGACUUGCAGUGGCACUCGAGGAGGGAAUUAAUUGAUGAUUAAUUGAUUUCUGAGAAUGGACAUCAAGUUAGGUUGUAUUAACUUGUAAAAUGUACAUAUCAUAGGUUUUGCUUUUUUUUUUUUUUGUCAUUUGAAGGAUUGGGAUGACCAUAAAAGGAUAUUUUAAUUUAUUUAUUUGAAGUUACUGUGCGCUCAGAUGAAGUCACAAUGGAGGAAAAAAAAAAGACCCUGAAAUGCAGCUGCAGGUUUUUUGUUUUUUUUCUUCUAAGUUUUUUGAUGUUAAGAAUACUUUUUUAAGAAAAAAAAAAAAA